UCACAGAUCAUGUAGGUAGUACCUACACAAUGUCAUUUUGCAAAUUUAAUAAUAGUCUUUUAAAAUCUUCGUUAUUAACAGUAAUGUGAAAAAAAAACUUAAUUAAUAUCUAAAUUUUCAACCGUAUACGUUACUAACAUCUAACAAAGAGUGCAGUAAUAUGCUUUUUAAAGAUUUUAAUUGAAACCGCCUAUUUACCUUACUCUUUGAUUUAAUAUAUUAGCCAGGAUGGGGAUUGGCUGUUGAAUGAGGGGACAUUAUUUACAGUCAUUAUGUUAUUGUCAUAUUCAUACUGCAUUUUACCAGACUUUAGCGAUAACAGAAAACAGCUCUACUAAUUAAACCUUAUCUGUCUACGGAGUAUUACAAAAAAACAUUUGUUUCCAUAACAAACAACAUUGUAGUAAUGUCGCGAAAAUUACCUGUGAGGUCGAAAAUAAAAGUAACUGAUAGAUCAAUUUUUCAUCUUCAAGAUAAAAAGGCUGACGAAAAUGAAUUAUCAAUGGGCUUGGUAAAAUCAGCGAAGAGAACUGGACAGUUAAGUUUGUGCAACAGAGGUCUUGGAACAGUACCAGAAAAUGUUUGGAAGAUAGAUGAAUUAGUAAUGGAUGAAACUAAAGAUGUAGAUUUUACAAGAUCAGAUCAACAGAGUUGGUGGAAUUAUGAGCCAUUAAAGACUCUGGAUCUCAGUUCAAAUGUUAUAAAAAUUAUAUCUCCGAAUGUGAGACUUUUACAACAACUUAUUACACUCAAGUUGCACGACAACGCUAUUGAAAGCUUACCACCGGAAUUUGGUGACCUCAAGAAUUUAUCGAAUUUAAGCUUAGACCACAAUCACCUGUCAGUUCUACCUAAAGAGUUCUACAGAUUAACGGAACUGAGGUGGCUCGGUCUAUCACACAAUGCACUGAAAAAAAUCGAACCAGAUUUCGGAGAUCUUGUCAUGUUAAAUUUUUUAGACUUGUCACACAACAAACUAACAGUAUUACCUCCCGGAAUGGGAUAUCUCGUGCGUCUAGUCGAACUGAAUCUUUCGCACAACCAGCUACUUGAGCUACCGCCUGAUAUUGUCAAUUUAAGAGAUUUGAAAAAGCUAAACAUUAGUAACAAUAAUCUAAAAAAGAUGCCUCCGCUAGGCGAGUUGAGAAAAAUGGAAAUUUUGGACGCAAACCAUAAUGAUAUUGAAGAGUUGCCAGACUUCUACGGUUGUACGGCGCUCAAGGAAAUAUAUUUAGCCAACAAUUAUAUCAAAGAGAUAACCGAAGAGUUUUGCGACCAAAUGCAACACUUGAGCAUAUUAAACAUACGCGACAAUAAACUCGAAGUGUUGCCAGAGAACAUAUCACUAUUGCAAAAAUUGAAAAGGCUGGACCUAACUAAUAACAAUUUAAAUAAGUUGCCAAGAAAUUUAGGUUUAAUGUCACAAUUACAAAGCAUCAACAUGGACGGUAACAGGCUGUCGUUCGUGAGGCAGGACAUCAUCAGAGGAGGCACCGAUCGCAUGAUGAAGUUUCUUCGAGAUCGUAUCACGGAGGAAAUUUUAGCUGAAACCAGACUGGAAAACGAGUGGCCAGACAAAUACACGUUGAAGAAAAGUCAGGCGCUGAUGUUGCCAUCGCGCGAGCUACAAAACGUACCAGACGACGUGUUCAAAGCGGCAGCCGAUGCGGAGGUGCAUAUUAUAGAUCUGUCCAAGAACAAGUUAACCAGUGUGCCUUUUGGAAUCUGUCAAGUUAAAGAAUCGCUGACGCAAUUAGUGCUAUCGUCGAACAAUAUAUCGAAUUUUCCACCGGAGAUAAGCAACUGCGUACAUAUCCAGUAUAUAGACUUGGGGAAGAACUGUCUCACCGAAUUACCAAAGGAGAUUGGUUCCUUGAAAUACUUAAGGGAACUCGUCAUAUCGAAUAACAAGUUUACGAAAAUCCCUCGUUGCGUUUAUGAUUUGGAGAACUUGGAGAUAUUGCUGGCCGCCGAUAAUCAGAUCGAGGAAAUUAAUGUAUCGUCGGACGCGCUCGCCCGGCUCGGCAAGCUGGCCGUCCUUGACCUGGCCAAUAACAGCAUCUCUACAGUACCGCCCGAGCUAGGGAACUUCACGCAUCUGAGGACACUGGAGUUGAUGGGCAACUGUUUCCGUCAGCCUCGGCAUGCCGUGUUGGCGAAGGGCACCGCCUCAGUGCUCUCGUACCUGCGGGACCGGAUCCCUACCGCCUAGCCCUACGAAUGAAUGCACAUGCAGGUUUUUCAUUUAUUUAAUAUAUUUUUGUCUUAUACAAAAGAAAGAAUAAGCUGCAGAUAUACGAGUUUAUAUAUAUCAUGUCUUUAGAAUUUAAGUAGCUUAAAUAAAAAAUAAUUAGAAAAUGAGUUUUAAUAAUAUGAACGAUUUAUAUAGUUAUGUAUUUUAUGAGUUUAUAAAACUAAACUUUUAAAAUUUAAAAUUAAAUUUUAAAAAUUUAGAAAAAGACAAAGUACCUACACCUUUCGUCACUUUUAAAUCUUUAAGGCUUAAAGUAUUAAAAUUGAAACUGAAUUUCUUUAAUUACAUUUUUGGCGUUUACAAAAAAAAUAACAAAAUUUUGGAUUAAGCUACUUCAAUUCUAAAGGUGUGAUAUACAUAUGCAUAUUUAUUUACUAUUUGAUACUGUUAUUGAAUUUAUAAGAAGGCGCCACCUUUAAUAAUCGUUCAAUGGCUGUAUGCGUGAUAUAUUUACGCUAGUUGAGUUAUUACUAAUAAAUUGUAGGUAGAUAAGUGAUUACAAUUACCUGUAUUUAUUAUUGUUUUAAUAUAACAAGUUUCAGUACCUAUUGUACACACAGUACAGUAUUGUUUCAGUAAUGGACACAAAUCAAAUUUGAUCCUUUGGUAUUUAGAUCAAAUAGGAAGACGCCUCAUAUUUUGUUAACACUAUUUCAACUACGAUAUUGUUUGAUAGGUAUUUCGUUCAAAAGGUCUCUUUUUUGACGCCUUAAGUGGCCAAAAUCGAAACCAACAUCAUCUUUGAUCAUUCAACAUUCGUUUGACUGCUGUGCGUUCUAGCGUCUAGAACAGUGCUUCCUAACAUUUUUUGCCCCACUGUAACAUUUCUAAAAUUUUUAUGCCCACCAUACAUAAAUUUAAACAUUAAAAAAUUUAUUUAUUCACUUGAGUAACAUAAAUGAUAGGUUUUAGGAAGAAAUCACUAUGAAAUUGAUAUCAAAACACAGUAAGUAAUAUUUCAAAAGAUAUAAUUAGGAACUGAAAUUCAAAUUCAAAAUAAUACGUUUAAUACGUUUUUUCUACAUAUUAUGUAUAUUAAUUUUAGUGCGAUUGUCCCCCUUUAAAUAUCAAAUUGUCCCCUUGUGGGGCGUGGGCCCUACGUUGGGAAACACCGGUCUAGAAUGUUCUAGACGUUACGUUAGCAAUGUGAUUUUUCUUUCAGUCAAUCUCAAUACUGAAUCUUUAGUUUUUCCUCACCCAUCAUAAACCGGUCUCAUACAAAAAAACUUGGCGGUCCUUAAUUACAAUUUAAUAAUUACAAAAUGUUCCUCCGUUCGCGCGUAGUUGAUAUUAUAGCCCAUUAGCCACCAUCAAAUAUGUAGGGAAAAACAUAAACACAAAAACAAAAUGACACAACACCUUAUUUUUAUUAGUAAUAACUUAUCUAGUUUAUUGUAUAGAUCACAUAAACAAGUUGGAUACAAUUUAGGACACCAAUUUCGAAUAAUAAUAUCGAAUUAAAAAAAUUAAAUAGUUCUUUAAUUUAGUGAAUUUAAAAUCUAUAAUAUACACAAAUUAUUAUUAAAAAAAACAGAGAUAAACCACAAGGCAAAGAGAAUAGACGUAAAGCAGUUUUACAUUAUUUAUUAUAUUUUUCGUACAAAAAUUGCAUAUCAAUAUGUCUGCAUUAAUUCAAAGUUACCAAUAAAAUUAAUUAAUAUUAUGUAUAUUGUUGGAUCAAGUAUAAUUCUUAAUUCAUAUGUUUAUGUCCCAUUUCUAAUGGCAUGUUUAAAUAUGAAUUCACGAGUAGCCCACAAUGUUCUUAUUUAUGUGAUCCAUAUUUUUAUAAUUAACAAAAAUAUUUGAAGCCAUAUCAGAUAUGAAGGCGGCUAGCUACUGAACCAAAUAUAUUUACUUUUCAAUUAUUUUUUUUGUUACGUACCUGAAAAACGUACCUUUAUUUUUUUUCAUUUUGUUAAAUUUGUUUAUCAAUAAGUUUUAAUAUUUGUUAUAAAGUAUUUUGAGGCUUAAAAAAAGUUAUAAACCCAUUCCAGGGAAUUAUAAGAUAAAUUAUUCAUUAUAUUCAUUUGCUUCGUUUAUUGUUGAUAUUUGUUGAUUAUUAAUUAAAUUGUUUUCUUUUUUUUAAUAAUAAAAUAAAAUAGUGUUCGGUUGUGAUACGUGUACUGUAUGAACUAUUGUGACACGGAUUUAUAUAUUGUAAUGAAAUAUGCUUUUUUUGUUUUAACUAUAAAAAGAACGAAGCCUAUUUUUAAUAAGAAAAACAGUUAAUUGGAGUUCGCAAAGUCGAACAAUGUGUUUGUAAUGAUACUCAAUAAAAUUGCCAAAAAAAAAACGUAUUUGUGAUAAACAUUUUUUUUGGAAACUAUUUAUUGAUUCAAUGCUUCAAACGAUUGAAGAUUUAAACGUUGAUAUCGAAUAGUGAAUCAAAAUACAUAUUUAUUUAAGUUUAUGAAAGAUACCUUGAUUUUUAUAAAUCAUUUAAUUUGCUGCACAAUGAUUGUUAUUUAAUAAAAUUGUGAUUAAAUGUUUAAUUUUAAUCACCAUUCAAGAGAUGAAUUCAAGUUGCUAUUGCAAUAUCCAUUUUCGCGAUACGCGGUUGUAUGUUUUGUGUUUUCUAAAAACCAAAAGUCUGAUCUAUUUACUUUUUACAAAAAUCGUUUUCCGGAUUCGAAAUAAUUAUGGUCUUGUGUAUUUACACCACACUACGAUAUCGUUUUGAACAAAUUUUCUUUUAUAAUAAAUUAUUUAAUUCAAUUUGAACCAAAAACGGUUUCCAAUGCUCCCAUAGAUCAACUGUUUCUAGAAACUACCAUAGACAAGAACCAAUUACGAUGUAAAAUGUUUCUUUUUUUUUUAAAUAAAGUUGUAGAUCCGACUUUUGGUAAUAAUUGAAAGUACCUACAUUACAUGUCAAUAUGUAAAAGUCUGGCGAUGCUAAUUACUGAUUUUUUUGUAAUCUUUCUGGGCUCGCGGGCUUCAAGUGGGGUCAAUAUGCCUCUCUGCUUUUUUAUAUCAAGAUGAAUAUAAUGCAUAUUGUUUUUGCACACUUUUGAUUAUAUUUUUAGUGUUAUGUACAUUUAACGCUUCCAUUUUUUGCUACUUUAUAUGGUCGCGUCGAGACAAAUAAUAAAUUUAUUAUGAGAAUUAUAGUAUUAAAAAAUGUAUAAACAUAUAAAUAUAUUUACAAUUAUUAUUAAGAUAGAAGUAUCAUAUCGUGGCUGUAUUGAUGAAAUAUGAAAAGAUUAUUUGUCAUUAAACUUUAAAACAAUACGGGUCAAUUUACUUUUAGCUACAAAAUUUUGGGGUCCAUCUGAGUGAGAAAGAUAACGUAUUGAAAUGUUACCCCCCCCCAUCUGGGCACAUCAAAAGUUUUUUUCCAGAAAAUUCUCACGUAACACGUACAAUGCAUUCGAUAAGUUACUAAAAAUACUAAGAUACAGAAUUUCCAAUAAGAAAAUUAUGUAAAGAAACCUUACUGACGUAUCGUCGGUUCUAUGGCCUCGAUUUUAUGACAAUAAUGCUUUUGUAAGCGACGUUCCGAAACAUCGGCCAUUUUAACCGAAAACUAAAACGUUCAAAACCAAAGUAUUGCAUGUACCUGAGAAGUAUUUUUGUACAAAAUAACUAACUACAUAUAUCGAAGGGUGAAAUGGUAUUUGGUUGAAGCGACAUUUUUGCAAUUUUACAGGAGAACCAUUUAAAGUUUAAAAUUUGGAAACAAAUAUAUAUAUAUAUAUGUAAAUGAAUUGCUGUUCGUUAGUCUCGCUAAAACUCGAGAACGGCUGGACCGAUUUGGCUAAUUUUGGUCUUGAAUUAUUUGUGGAGGUCCAGAGUAGGUUUAAAAGGUAGAUAAAUAUGAAAAUGCUCGGAAUUAAAUAAAAAUAACAAUUUUGUUUUCCCUUUGAUGUGUCCCCCGUCGGACGGAUUCCUUUCGUGUGUUAUAAGUUUAUUUUAUACAAAAGCUUAGGUCUUUUAUUUAUCGAUUGAGGCACUACGAAGUCUGCCGGGUCAGCUAGUAUCGUAAUAAAAAACUUGUUCAGCUAUUUGAAAGGAGUAAAUUUAAUUGGAGUUCAAUUAAAAAUCUAGAACAGUUGAUGCUAAUGCCAAAUAAAGGGACCUUUAAUUACAAAAAUAAAUGUCGCGUAUUAAGCGAAAUGUCACUUAAACCAAAUAAUCUUUCAACCCUCGAUAUGAAAAUUUAGGCAAAACAAUCAAAUGAUAUCUAACGAUACGUCUUGCGUAUCUCGUAUGUUUAGCGUGAGUGAAAAUAAUUCGUGUUUCAACUUAAACUGGCUAGUUUGGCUACGCUUAACGCAAAAGCGCGUGUUUGUUGUUAUAUUUAGAGCACAAUAUUUUAUGUGAUUUAUUAAGAGUUUUAAUGUUCAAUGAAUCCGUGGAAUAAACGCUUUAAGGAAA